UACUGUAUUGUACUGUGAAUCUCGGGAGGGGGGCUGUUAAAAUCUAUUCUUUCUGAGCUUCAUCCCCCAUACCUAAAACAUCUUACUUCCGACUGCUCUUUACCCGGUCACAGGACGCAGAUGCAUUUUUGAUUCACGUAUUUAUUUUGUUUUUCUUUUAGUUUAUGGUUUGGUUUUUAACACUCCGGGAGGGCAGAAAUGGCGGCCAACAUGUACCGGGUCGGAGAUUAUGUCUUCUUUGAGAAUUCUUCAAGCAACCCAUAUCUGAUCAGGAGAAUAGAGGAACUAAAUAAGACGGCAAGCGGCAAUGUGGAGGCAAAGGUGGUCUGUUUCUACAGGAGAAGAGACAUCUCACAGAGCCUUAUUCAGCUGGCUGAUAAACAUGCAAAGGACCUGGAAGAAGAGAAGGAAAUUCCUUCCGAGCCCGAUCUUUCGGAGAAACAGAAGCAUCAGCUCCGGCACAGAGAGCUUUUCCUUUCUCGCCAGUACGAGUCCCUCCCUGCCACACACAUUAGGGGGAAGUGCAGUGUGGCGCUUUUGAACGAGACUGAAGUUGUUCUCUCCUAUCUGGAUAAAGAGGACACAUUUUUUUAUUCACUGGUGUAUGAUCCUACACAGAAGACAUUAUUGGCUGACAAAGGGGAGAUUCGUGUUGGUCCACGCUUUCAGGCUGACGUCCCUGAAAUGUUACAGGAAGGAGAAACUGAUGACAGAGACCAAUCUAAACUGGAAGUCAAGAUGUGGGACCCAGAGUGUCCAUUGACCAACAAGCAAAUCGACCAGUUUCUUGUGGUGGCACGGGCGGUCGGUACCUUUGCCCGAGCGUUGGACUGUAGCAGCUCGGUCAGACAGCCCAGCUUACACAUGAGUGCAGCGGCAGCCUCACGAGACAUCACGCUGUUUCACGCCAUGGACACCCUGCACCGGCAUGGCUACGACCUGUCCAGUGCCCUGAGUGUGCUGGUUCCUCAAGGAGGACCAGUGCUGUGCCGGGACGAGAUGGAGGAGUGGAGCUCAUCAGAGGCUAACCUGUUCGAGGAGGCGCUGGAGAAAUACGGCAAGGACUUCAACGAUAUCCGGCAAGACUUUCUUCCGUGGAAGUCCCUGACCAGCAUCAUCGAGUAUUACUACAUGUGGAAAACCACAGACAGAUACGUUCAGCAGAAACGAUUGAAAGCGGCUGAAGCAGAAAGCAAACUGAAGCAAGUCUACAUCCCCACAUACAACAAACCCAACCCUAACCAGAUCUCUGUAAGCAACGGCAAGAUGGCAACCGUUAACGGCGCAGCGGGCACAGGCAGUUUCCACACAGCCGGAGGCGGGCGAGCAUGCGAGAGCUGUUUUGCUGUACAAUCUCCCCAAUGGUACUCCUGGGGUCCUCCUAACAUGCAGUGUCGCCUGUGCGUGUCCUGUUGGAUGUACUGGAAAAAGUACGGUGGCCUUAAGAUGCCAAGCAGAGCCGAGGGAGCAGAAGAAAAGACGCCUCCAAGCCCCGAACCCAACGAGUCACGCUCUCGUGGUCACGGUCCCCGGCAGUCAUCCCACAUGGUUCCGAUAAGGAACAGCGGUAGCCCCAAGUCCUCCAUGAAGACCAAGCAGGCGUUCCUGCUGCAGGCCACGCGCCUCACCAAACUGGCGCGUCACAUGUGCCGUGACCUCAUCAGGCUGCGCCGGGCCGCGCGCCGCCCAUUUGUGCCCAUUAACUGUGGCGCCAUAAAGGCGGAGUAUAUGAUCCGGGUGUCAGAAGGCAUGACGGGGCGACCUAUGAAGCCCAAAUCCUCCCCGAGAAGCACCCUGACCAGUAUCCUGCAGUAUCUGGAGUCUCGCCCAGCACCUCACGUUCAGCGGUCACACCGCACCCCCGGCCUGCAGGUGCAGCCUCCGCGACGACUGCUUUCCUCUCUUCCCAGUCACGGCCCACUCGGCAUCUUGGGAAAACGGAGCUAUCACCACCACAGCAGGGUCGAGGCAGCAGAAAAGAGGGCUGGUGCACUAGGACAAGAAAACCCAGCUCAUAUCGUGGGACCCAUUUUGCAACAUAAUGGAAGCGGCACCGAGGGCUCAAACCUUCGUGCAAGUGGCCUGAUGUUGCGCAAAAGACGACCCAAUUGGAUCGAUGCCCCGGAUGACAGCUUCUUCCUGGUUUCCAGAGAGACGAGGAAAGCCAGAAGGAUGCUCUCUCGUUCACAGUUAAGAAGAGCAUGCAGACAACCAUGUGAGCAGAUCAGCCUGCGCCGGGUCCCUCAAGGGCCGGCACAGGUACCAGUACUGGCACCUCCCCACCCCAGUUUACGGAUGCGAGGACCGAUCGUCAUCCACGACUGACCCUCGCCUGCGUCGCUCCCUCAGCCUCUUCUGUCAAUUUCUCAUUUGCUGCCUAACUCUGCACCGCACAGGCCACAAGCCACUAAAAAGCUUCAUGUUUCUUGAACAUUUGCUUCCUCUUCUGGACAAAAAGCUUUAAGGCACACAAUAAAUAAAGCAUUUAGCCACUAAAACAAACCUGUAUGUUCAACACACUUUUGGACCGUCCUGCUGGUACAAGCGCCAACACUUUUACCUGGCAGGGAGGUAUAGCAUAUGUAGGUCUUUGAUACGACUCAGUGGCUGUAGGGAUGAAACUGGUGGCCAUGCCAUAUACAGUAAAGAUAUUAUGUACAGAUCAAGACUCUUUUGAGAAGCAUUAUUGUAUUCUUUGUUUUAGUUCAGUUUGCUCUGCAUCGAGGGGAUUCCUACAUUUCUCUAUAUCUUCUGUGUGUAUCAUGACGAGUACAAGUUUGUGAACUGUUUUUAUAUUGUAUUUAAGCCAGGACUGGACAUCAUUGUCAGACUGUAUUGUGUUAUUGGCGAUUCCUUUAUUUAAAUACGGUCUUUACCGAGAGCAUGUUCAGUAGAUUCUUUUAACUGAUGCCGUUUUGUUACUGGAUAUAUAAUAUGUGGAGGUCAUGCCAGUAUUUGCAAUCCUUAAAUGUACAUUUAAAAUAGGACAUUUGAAAGAUCUUCACAUUUCUCUCAGUAAUACAAAUGUGGUCUCCUAAAGUAAGAAAUGUACUGGCAUGCUGACUUGAGAGGGGGAUUUUCUCCUUUGACCUCGACCAGAGGUCUAAAUAAUUUAAAGCAUUCCUCUAAAGGAAUAUUUAAUAUCCAGGCUGUUUAUAUAGCAUGUGAUCGUGAUGAUGAGCUAAUUUUGAUUUCUAUGCCUCAUACAUUUAUGUUGUGUUUCAUUGUGUCACACAUUUACUGAAAUAUGCCCAAUAAAAAAACGCAGUACAAUGCGUGUUUACUGUCAA